AUGAACCAAAUUUUGAGCAAAAGUCAACCUAUCGAAAUUACCAACGAAAAAAUUCAACCUGAAAAACCUACGGUAUUUUCAAAUCUCGCCAACAUUUCAACCGCGUUCACCGACUCUAUACUACUAUUCCUCGGUUUACGGCCUUCCGAAAAUGAUGAUCGCACGACACCACCAACAUCGUCAAUUAUGAUGCGUUAUGGCCUGAAUCCACAGGAGAUGGCCUACGUUCAGUUUAAAAGCUCUCGCCUGAAAGGUUUUAACGGCGUAUUGACAUUUUUUCAACAACCAAAUGGUUCAACUGUUGUUUACGGACAGUGGAGUGGCUUAAAGGAUCUGGACCCAAUGAAUUAUGAAUUUGUAAUUUAUAAAAAUGGGGUAAUGCAGCGUGACAUGACUAUCAAUAUACGUCGAGAUAUCGAAGUUGAAGGUAGUUCGGCCUUCUUGUUAACCACUUUUGGAUCUCUACCACUUUCUGGAAUCGAUAAAAUAAUUGGCGGCCACCUACAUAUUUUAAAUUGUGGGAAGGUUAUUGCAAAAUCAGAAAUUUGUAAAAUUUGA